CUCAUAAACCCUCACUAACAGCUUCACAUCAGUGAUGCCAGGCCUGUUGAUAUCGGCGCUGUCUACUGCAAGGGUGAAAACUGAAACAGCAUCCGACAGUUUUCGAUUUCGAUACCGCAGCUAUGCCAUCUGUCAACAAGCCGUAGCCCCAAACCCUGCAUCACACAACGGCCAUCAGAAAAGAGGCAAGCAUGAUACCUAUAUUGAUAUCAUCCGUCGCUUUCUGCAUUCUCGGUUUUGCAGCGCUCAUUAUCCUCUUCCUCGUCAACAUCACCAAGUACAAGGGCCCUGCUGCAGGUUCCCCUGAAGACCGCGUUUCGGUCCAUGUUCUUGUCCUCGGUGACCUCGGCCGCAGCCCACGCAUGACCUACCAUGCUUUGAGCAUAGCCAAACAUGGGGCAAAAGUGAAUCUCAUCGGGUAUCUUGAGACGGCCCCUCACCCCGACCUAGUCAGCAAUGCCAACAUCACCAUCAUGCCCCUGCCGACUCCAAGAGGCAGGCCAAACUUCAUUCCCUUCAUCCUCUUUGCUCCCUGGAAGGUUCUCUACCAAGUCUAUCACCUCGCCCACCUCCUCAUCUACACGCUCCCACCAGCCCAAUGGAUCCUGAUGCAAAACCCCCCUUCUAUUCCCACCCUCGCCGUCGCCAGCCUCAUCUGUCGCCUGCGCAACAGCAAACUCAUUAUCGACUGGCACAACUACGGAUGGACGAUUCUCGCCGGCACCCGCGGCGCCAAUCACCCCUUCGUCGCCAUCUCUAAGUUCUACGAAUGCCACCUUGGCCGCCUAGCCGACCUCCACCUGACAGUAACCCACGCCAUGGCGCGCCAGCUCCGCCGCCCACCCUACUCCAUCACCAAGCCCAUGCUCACCGUCCACGACCGGCCAGCGGCCAUCUUCCAACCCAUCUCCUCCCCCCAAACAAGGGAGAAGACUCUGAAGCGCGUCCUCCUCGGCCCUGACGCCGCCCUCAUCCCCCGCCUGCUGGACGGCACGGUGCGCCUGCUCAUCAGCAGCACAAGCUGGACGCCCGACGAGGACUUCUCGCUGCUGUUGGACGCUCUGGUGCGGUACGCCACCGACGCCACCUCGUCCUCCGCGACCCCACUGCUGGCCGUGAUCACGGGAAAGGGUCCGCAAAAGGAACUGUACCAGCGCAAGAUUGCCGAGCUCACUGCGGCAGGGCGGUUGCCCAAUGUGCGGAUUUUCACGGCUUUCUUGCCGUUUGCGGACUACGCCAGCCUGCUGGCGUGCGCCGAUCUCGGGGUCUGUCUGCACAUGAGCAGCUCGGGCGUGGAUCUGCCCAUGAAGGUGGUGGAUAUGUUUGGGGCCGGGCUGCCGGUAGCGGCGUAUUCUGCGUAUGAGAGCUUUGGGGAGCUGGUGAAGGAGGGCGAGAACGGCCGCGGGUUUGAGACGGCGGAGGAGCUGGCUGGUAUCCUGGGGCACUUGUUGGGCGACGAAGGAAGAACGGAGCUGGACAGGCUGAGGAAGGGGGCGGCUAAGGAGGGGAGCAGGCGGUGGGAUGAAGAGUGGGAUUCCAAAGUUGGAGUGGUUCUGGGUUUGGUGACAAAAGACGAUGGGAGUUUGGGUUUUUGUGAUGGAUAACGUCAACUCCUUGCAGAACCGUUCGCACGUGUCAAUGCCUGUGCGCUGUCCGAUUUACCGUAAUCGGGUCCUCGCCGUGCCCUUGACUCCUUUGCAGCAAAACUUGACACUGAGACG